AUGGCAACAUUAACCAUUUACCACAACCCUCAAUGUUCCAAGUCUAGAAAUGCUCUUGAUUUUCUAGAGAAAAAUAAAGAAAAAUACAACUACGAUAUUCAAGUUGUCUUGUACAAGAAGGAACCCUUGACUCGUCAACAACUCCAAGUUCUCGUUCAGUCUCUUGAUUUACCGCAAGACCAAUACACUCACCUGCUCCGUCCUGAAGCCCAACCAUUGGCCAAAUCCAUGGAUGAAGCGAUUGACCUUAUCGUACAAGACCCUGCACGCCUAGAACGUCCUUUCAUCAUUGACAACCAACGCAAAAAAGCUGCCCUGGGUCGACCUGACCUUACUGAUGUCGAAAAGCUGGUUGCCGGUUUGUGA